CACAGACUGUCGGCAACACGAACCAAAGGGGCUACCCAUCCCACCGUGACGUCUACCCCCCCUACGAGCCGCGCGUCUGUCUACCCACAUGUAUGCGCAUGCGCAAAAGCAGAGCCGCCGUCAAGCUUGCGCAUGCGUAAUAUUUGCGUACGCAUAGCCCUAGCUAAAGAGAGCGCGGUGUUGUGGGCGGCGAUCAAGGAACAGCUCCAGGGAGUGGAAGGGGCAAUGGAUGGCGGGCAGAGAGUGUGGGCGCCUCAUCCCGAUGAGGGCUACCAGCUGGGACUCAUUGUCGACGUCUCCACGGACACGCUCACCGUUGAUCCGCUGCAAGGGGGGAAGAGUGUGGUGGCAUCCUACGAUGAGGUAUUCCCAGCUGCAGACGAGGGAGCUCCUGAUGUGGACGACAACUGUUCUCUGAUGUAUCUGAAUGAAGCUACUCUUCUCCAUAACUUGAGAAUGCGAUACACCAAGGGCCAGAUAUACACCUACGUGGCCAACAUCCUCCUUGCUGUCAAUCCAAAUAAGGAAGUCGGGGGACUCUAUACCAGCGAGGUCAUCAGGAGGUACAAUGGCAGAUCUCUUGGCACCCUCCCUCCCCAUGUCUUCGCCAUUGCUGACAAGGCAUAUCGCGAGAUGAAGUCCAUGAGGUGUAGCCAGUCCAUCAUUGUCAGCGGCGAGAGCGGUGCGGGGAAGACAGAGUCGACAAAGUUCAUUCUUCGUUACCUGACGGAGUCUUAUGGAGCUAGGGCUGGCAUUAUUGAGCAGAGGAUCGUGGAAGCCAACCCACUUCUGGAGUCGUUUGGCAAUGCCAAGACCAUGAGAAACAACAACAGCAGUCGAUUCGGGAAAUUCAGUGAAAUUCACUACAACGCCAAACACGAGGUGGUAGGUGGUCACGUGUCUCACUACCUGCUGGAGAAGUCCAGAAUAUGCUCCCAGUCGGCAGAGGAGAGGAACUAUCACGUCUUCUACCGCAUGUUGGCCGGGGCUUCCCCCGACAUGAGACAGGCUCUGGGGCUGCAGGAUGGAGCUUCGUUCACAUACCUCAACCCAGCUUCCCUCCAUGACCCGAACCUCCAAGACGAGGAGGAGUUCUCCCACCUCACUCACUCCAUGGACUGCAUCGGUCUGAGUCCCUCCGAGAAAGCUGAUCUGUUUCGAGUCGUGGCGGCCGUUCUGCACCUCGGCAACGUCUCCUUCGAGGAGAACACAAAAGACAAGAAAGGUGGCAGUGUGGUGAGUGUUGGGAGUAUGACAUCAUUGGAGGGCGUGGCAGGUCUCCUGGGGCUGGAGAAGGCGGAGCUUCAGCGAUCGCUCACGUCUCGCGUCAUGACAACCACCAAGGGCGGCAACCUUGGAACCAUCAUCAACGUUCCCCUGAAGCCAGACCAGGCGUGCAAUGCCAGAGAUGCCCUGGCCAAGGCCCUCUACACCAGACUAUUCUCCCACAUUGUCAAGAGAGUCAACCAGUGCUUCCCUUUCCAGUCCUCCGCACACUACAUCGGAGUUCUGGACAUCGCCGGGUUUGAGUAUUUCCAGGUGAACAGUUUCGAACAGUUCUGUAUCAACUACUGCAACGAGAAGCUGCAGCAGUUCUUCAAUUCCAGAAUACUUAGAGAGGAGCAAGACCUGUACAAGAAGGAGAGUCUUGGAGUGACAGAGGUCAUGUUCAUGGACAACCAAGACUGCAUUGACCUAAUAGAGCAUAAGAAGUCGGGAGUGGUUGAUCUACUAGAUGAGGAAUGUAAACUGCCCAAAGGUUCACCCCAACAUUUCACCGACAUCGUCCACUCUCGACACAAGGACCACUUCAGACUCUGUUUGCCACGGAAGUCGAAGCUGCCGUUCCACAGAAACCUGCGAGACGACGAGGGACUAAUGAUUAGACAUUUCGCUGGAGCCGUCUGCUACAUGACUGCAGAGUUUCUCGACAAGAACAACGAUGCCCUCCACGCCAGUCUGGAGCAGAUGGUGGCCGUCAGUAAAGACGACUUCAUCAAGCAGCUGUUCCCCGACGCCACGGCAACCUCAGGCUCCGCCUCCUCCCCCUCCUCGUCUCCAUCCAGUCGGACUAAGAAACUGGCACUUGUCAGUGUUGGCAGCAAGUUCAGGACCCAGCUGAACUCUCUUAUGGAAAAGCUAAAGACAACCGGUUCCAGUUUCAUUCGAUGUCUGAAACCCAAUCUGACCAUGGUACCGGGACAGUUUGUGGGCGGCCAGAUACUCUCGCAGCUGCAGUGUGCAGGGAUGAUAUCAGUUCUGGAGCUAAUGCAGGGAGGCUACCCAUCGCGAGCUCAGUUCUCAGACCUCUAUAAGAUGUACCAGCCCAACCUCCCGGCUAGGCUGUCGGGUCUGGAUCCCAGGACCUUCUGUCGGGCCCUGUUCCGUGCCACUGGAAUGAGAGAUGGCGACUUCAAAUUUGGCAUCUCCAGAGUCUUCUUCAGACCUGGCAAGUUUGCAGAAUUUGACCAGAUAAUGAAGAGUGACCCGGACAGUCUGAGGGAGAUGGUGGCCAAGGUUCAGAGCUGGCUGGUCUGCACCCGGUGGAGGAAGGUCAUCUUUGGAGCCAUCUCUGUACUGAAACUGGCUCGUAAGAUCCAGCUGAGAGCAGAGAGUGCGGUGAGGGUUCAGAAGUACGUGAGGAUGUUCCUUGCCGUGAGGAAAAACAGACCAAGGUUCCAGAGUAUGGCCAGAUUGAAGCAGCUGAAAGGGAGGAUUCCUAUUCUGGCUGAACUCGUGUCCCAUCUAAAGAAGGAUAAGACUCAGUUGGUGGAGAGAGUCAACUCCCUCCAAUCUUCCAUUGACAAGAAUAUGGCAACUCUCAAGUCGAGUGAGGCCAGUUGCAGCUCCAUCAAGAGCCUCCACUCGGAGCUUCUCUCUCGUACGGAGGUGUUUAUGGAGGAGCUGAGGGUUCGCCAGGACACCCAGAGACGGGAUGAAGAAGAGGCAGAGAGGCAGAGAAAGAUACAAGAGGAGAAGGAGAGGAAGGAGAGAGAGGAGAGAGAGAGGGUUCAGAGGGAGAAGGAGGAGAAGGAGAAGAGAGCCAAGGAAGAGGCCGACAAGCUGAGGGCGGAGAGGGAGAAGAGGGAGAGAGAGGAGGCCGAACGAAUCAGGAAGAUCAGGGAAGAAGAGGAGAGGGAGAGGAAGAGGAGGGAGGAGGAGGCAGGGAGACUGAGACAGCUGCAAGAGGCCAUGGAGAGAGAGAAGAGGGAGAGGCAAGAGGAGGAAAAACGAAGACUCGCCGAAGAGGAAGAGAGAAAGAGGUCAUACACGUUUAUAUCCGUAAUACACAUCAUUGAUAUGCAGUCUUUUACUUAUGCAUUUGUUGUGAGUGUGAUACGUUGCUGUAUAUAGUGUUCUGAAUGUUGUAUGAAUCCAACAGUGGCCUUAUAAUGUUAUCUGCAAAUUUCCCUACACAUGGCUAUGUAUAAUAUAUAUGUACAUAUAUAGUAGUACAAUAAGUGGGUUGUAUUGGCCUCUCAUUUGUAUGUCGCAUUGCCCCGUCGCGCCAUGCUGCAUCACGUUGUGUCGCGAAGGAUUCUAUCCUCGCGACACGGCAUCGCAGCACGGUACGACACAGUGAGGGUAGCUGCCUUCAAAAUGGCGGAGUUCUACUACGUGUGUGGUGUGUGUGUGUGUGUGUUGGUGCAGACGGGCGGAGCUUGAGGCGAGGAGGGUGAGGGAGGAGGAGGAGAGGAAGAGGAUAGCGGAGGAAGAGAAACGAAGGGUUGAACAGAUCGAGGCCGACAGACGACUCGCUGAGAAUCUCCUGAAACAGGAGGAAGAAGAGUGGAAACAAAGGAGGGAAGCGGCUGAACAAGAAAGGAGAGAUUACGAACUUGCUGUUCGCCUGGCACAGUAUGAAGCUCAGCAGAAGGUGAUAUCGGACAGCAUUGCCAAGCGACCGCAGCCACCUCAGUCCCAGAUAGCCCGUCGCUCUCUCCAGAGGUCCAGUCAGAGGCAGCUGUCUCGACAGCAGGAGGCCGUGAGGAAGAAACACGACCUAACCAAAUGGAAGUUUGCAGAUCUGCGAGACACCAUCAACACCUCCUGUGACAUUGAUCUUCUGGAAGCCUGUAAAGAAGAGUUCCAUCGUCGUCUCCGUGUCUACCAUGCCUGGAAGGAGAGGAAUGCUCGCCAGGGCGAUGGGGAAUCCCCCACCGAGCGACCAGCUACUGACCAAGUUCUGCAAGAAGCUCAGCAAGACACCACCUCUCCCCCUCUUCCUCCUCUGCGAACAUCCUCCACCUCCCCUCCUCCCCCCUCCGACGAUGCCACGGGGGGCACUGCCCCCCAGAGAUAUUUCCGGGUCCCCUUCCUCCGUCCCUCGGAACGCGGGACACUCAAUCGCGAGCGGGGAUGGUGGUACGCUCACUUUGACGGGCAAUGGGAGGUGCGUCAAUUAGAACUGCACCCGGGGAAAGCGCCCCUCCUCUUGAUUGCCGGGAAGGACGACAUGCAGAUGUGUGCGCUCUCUCUUAACGACACGGGGCUUACCCGCAAGCAGGGGGGCGAGAUUUUGGAGGAAGAGUUUGAAGGAGUCUGGAGGAAGAGUGGCGGGAAACCGCACAUCAAGAAUAAGGACAGAAAGAGAGCCGCAGCUGGCGCAACAAGGAGGGAUCUCGUGUGACUUUUAGUGCACUCGCUGCUAGGACGAACAUGUACGUAGACAACUUUUUUAAUUUUUUCAACGUGUAUACAGUAUAAUGAAUAGGUAGUAGUCAGAGGUUUCAUUUUCAGAUCAUUGUUUCCUGUUGAGAGCUGUUGGAGUGAGCGCUGCACUGUCCCUUCACCCCUACCCAGGGUAAUGGUGUUGCACUUUUUGCCAGCAUGCGGGUAAAUAAAACGAACUGUAUCCCUAAUACUUCUACUAUAGUUGGAGUGUGGCAUGUCUUGCUGUAUUGAUCACGAUUAUCUCACCUCCAUUUCACAGUCCUUC